CGAGCCCAGGUUACGAAGAUUGUGGAAGAGUUACAACCACAGAGAGACACCGAGGGUGUGGAGUCAGCUGAGGAUGCUACACCUGGGGUAUACUCCCCGAGCGUGACUGGCUCACUCAUGGCUGUCGAAGUUCCGCCUGAAUCUGUCAUCCUUGAUGCCGACAUCCAGGAUGGCGGAGAGGUUGCCAAUUCGGGAUCCUGUGUAGAAGUCCCAGAGAAGAUGGCUCAGAAAUUUGAAUGCGACGUAUUCCAGGAUGACCCGAGUAUAGAAGAUGAGGAUUUCGAGUUACCUUCUUCUGCCGCACCCGGAACACCGCUUGCAAGACUUGAUGCAGCGUAUGCCAGGUGUAUGCGGUUGAAGGAUCAGCUGGUUAUGCUCCCCGACUUAGACGAUCUCUCUCCUGAAUGUGACAUCGAGGCUGCUGACGUUGGAGAACCAGGCGAGAGCACGGAAGCUCAAGAAAGGCAGCUGAAGGUCAUUCUGAAAAGACACCAGAAGAUCUUUUUAGGUGACGGAAAUGCUGCCCCGCCUCCGGCGAAGGGCGUCAUCUGUGAUUUAGAUGUGGGCGAUGCCAGGCCAGUUGCCCAAAGACCCCGAUCGGUCGGUCCACACUUCGCAAUCAAGGUGUACAAGUUACUGAAGAAGCUCCUGGAAGCUACACUGAUUGAACACUCUGAAUCGCCAUGGGCAUCCCCAAUUGUGAUCGUACUCAAGAAGAACGGAGUGGACAUUCGAAUGUGCAUCGACUAUCGAGUCGUGAACAGCUUCAUUCAAUUGUUGAACUACCCACUACCACUGAUCGAUGAUCUUAUUACUGGUUUCGAAGGAAUGAUGUGGUUUAUGAGUCUUGAUAUGGCGAGUGGUUUCUGGGCGGUCCGAAUGACCGAGAGAGCUAAGCUGAUCUCGGCGUUUACCUGUCCAUUCGGGCAUUUCCAAUGGGAAGAAGCGCUCGUGGAUCAGGAUGUGUUAGACUACCUGAAGCUGAAUUCUCAGUCGCCAAGUCUCAGUCACCGAGUGAUGAAAUGGAUGCAGGGCGCAGCAUGA